AUAUAUAUAUAUAUAUAUAUAUAGAUAACACUCGGAAAAUAGCUUCACCAGACCCAAAAGCUGAACAAUGAGUACUGAUCAUGAAGAUGACAAGCCAAAUAAGACUAGCAGUUCAUUAUCAAUUGUGAUGUAUCCAUGGUUUGCCAUGGGACAUCUGACUCCAUUUCUUCACAUGGCCAACAAGCUCGCUGAGAGAGGCCACCGGAUUUCCUUCUUCCAUCCCAAAAAUACAAUCUCAAAGCUUCAACACUUCAAUCUUCAUCCACAUCUCAUCAAUUUCAUCCCAAUUGAUGUUCCUCAGGUCGAAGGCCUCCCUCCCGGCACCGAAACCACUGCUGAUGUGCCUCCCGAAUCGCAAGAACUAUUACGUCUCGCCAUGGACAGAACACAACCCACCAUUCACUCUCUCCUUAAACAAAUCAAACCCGAUUUCGUUUUCUUCGAUUUCACUCACUGGUUGCCCGAAUUGGCUCGCCAACUGGGGAUUAAGUCCGUUCACUUUGUCAUCAUUAGUCCGGCAACUGUAGCCUAUACUUUACGCAAGGAACAGACGACGCAUUCUGAAUUGAUGAAGCCUCCCCUGGGUUUUCCUCCGUCUUCUUCUAUCAAGCUCCAAACUCAUGAAGCUCGCGGACUGAAUAUGGCAGGAAAAUUUAAGGAAAUCGGAACCGGGCUAUCUUUUCUUGAGCGUGUAUUGCUGAGUGCAGAGAAAUCUGAUGCGCUAAGCUUUGUAGCUUGUAGAGAAAUGGAAGGUCGGUAUUGUGAUUACAUUGAGGCAAAAUUCCAGAAGCCAGUCAUUCUCGCAGGGCCGGUGGUUCCAAUUCAGCCGUCCUCAACUCUGGAGGGAAAUUGGGCAGAGUGGCUGAAUAAUUUCAAGGAUAAAUCGGUGAUUUAUUGUGCAUUUGGAAGUGAAUUCAUACUUCAAAAGGAUCAAUUCCAAGAACUGAUUCUGGGAUUUGAAAAAACGGGUCUUCCGUUUUUCGCUGCCCUGAAACCACCUGUUGGGUUUGACUCAAUCGAAAUGGCACUUCCAGAUGGAUUUGAAGAAAGGAAUCAUGGAAGAGGAAUUGUUUAUGAUGGGUGGGUUCAGCAACAGCUGAUUCUAGCUCAUCCUGCGGUGGGAUGUUUUGUGACACAUUGCGGAGCUAGUUCGUUGUCGGAAGCUUUGGUGAGUGACAGUCAAAUUGUGUUGUUGCCACAACUCGGAGUUCAAUUCAUCAGUGCCAGAGUGAUGGGUGGAGAUCUUAGAGUUGGAGUGGAAGUAAAAAAAGGGGAUGAAGAUGGAUGGUUUACAAAGGAUGCUGUUUGUGAGGCCAUUCAAUUGGUGAUGGAUGAAAAUAGUGACGUUGGAAAGGAUGUGAGGGCUAAUCAUGCUAAAUGGAAGGAGUUCUUGCUAAGAGAUGGGCUUGAGAGUUCCUAUAUUGAUGAAUUUGUUCAUAAGCUUCAGGGACUCUUAAUUUAGUUGAGUUUAUUGCUCCUUCAUUAAUGUAUUGUUUUGAAAAUCAUAGUAGCGACAUCCUCUUGUCAUUGUUAUAAUUAAAUGUAUCCAUUGAUACUUGGUGUAUGUGGCAAUAGUUUCAAAAUGUAGGUUAAUUUGCAGUUUUAUCUUCGGAUCAGGUCGAUGCGAUUUGCAAUCUUUGUGUUAUGUGUGUGUGCGUGUGUGUGUGUUUUUUUUUUAAAUGGUAAAAAAAAAAACACCGAUAAUUUAUGUCACGUACAGCAUACAUAUGUAUUAUUUAUUGUAUGUAAUGUUGUGG